CCACAUCACCCUCAGACACCAUGGCCGCCUUCAAUCUCGACGAGACGCUGCAGUUCGCCAUCGACCUGGCGCACUCGGCCGGCGCCAUCAUCCUCGACGGCGCACGCAAGCGCGAGCAGAUGGACGACGUCGACUGGGACGCAAUCCUCAAGAAGAACACGGCCGACCUCGUCACCGAGACGGACCAGGCGACGGAGCGCCACGUCAAGGAGAAGAUUGCAGAGCGCUUCCCGGACCAUGAGUUCAUUGGCGAGGAGUCGUGGGCCGCCGGCGAAGAGCCGAAGCUCGGCGACAAGCCGACGUGGAUCGUCGACCCCAUUGACGGCACGACCAACUUCGUCAAGGGCUUCUCGUUCCAUUGUAUCUCGAUCGGUGUCUGUUACCAGCAGAGGCCAGUCAUCGGCGUGAUCUUCAGCCCUGCCCUCCAGACGCUCUACUACGCCUCGUCGGGCAACGGCGCCUUCCGUCUCUCGCCCGCAGACGGCGGCAGCCCGCGCCGCCUGCCGCUCGCCAAGCGGCCGGCGCCGCUGCCGAGCCUCAAGAUGGCCGUCGUGGCCGUCGAGUGGGGCAGCGACCGCAAGCGCGAGACGAUCGAGAAGAAGACGAAGGCCUUCGCGACGCUGUGCGGCGAUGCCGAUGCGGGCGUCGAGGGUGGACGCAUGGUGCAGGGCGUGCGGUCACUCGGCUCGGCGGCGCUCUCGAUGUCGUGCGUGGCCGAGGGCAGCAUCGACAUGUGGCAGGAGAUUGGCUGCUGGGCCUGGGAUGUCUGUGCUGGCACAGUCAUUGUGCAAGAAGCCGGCGGAGUUGUGCUCGGCUCGAAGGCCGACGCCCUCUCGUCGCUCUCGUCCCCCGACUUCGGCCACGUCACGCCGCAGAUCCUGCAGGGACGCAAGUACCUCGUGCUGCGUGCCAUCGGCGACACGGACAAGGAGAGCGGCAGCGACGCUCAGCGGCGCAUUGCCGCCGAGUUCUACAACGCCAUCGACGACUGGGAGGCCGCAUGAGCUCACGAGAUCACCAGCAUGCGCAGCGCAAAUAUAUCAAUGGACGUGUGCUGGCCAGG